CCGCACUCGAGCAGCCGCCGCCGGCCGGACGGGCGCCGCUCCCGCCGCCUCCGCUCCGCCCGCUCGGCCGCGCUGCCCGCCCCUGCCUGGCAUGUCGGCAGCCGUGGCGUGCGUGGAUUACUUCGCCGCCGACGUGCUCAUGGCCAUCUCCUCAGGCGCCGUGGUGCACCGCGGGCGACCGGGCCCCGAGGGCGCGGGCCCGGCCGCUGGCCUGGAUGUGCGCGCGCCGCGCCGCGAGGCCGCCCCGCCCGGGCCCCCGGGGCCGCCGCCACCGGCCCCCGCCGUCCCGGGCCCAGGCCCGAGCGCCGCCGCCGCCGCACCCCACCUGCUGGCCGCCAGCAUCCUGGCCGACCUGCGCGGCGGGCCCGGCGCCGCUCCGGGGGGCGCCUCGCCCGCCUCUUCUUCGGCCGCCUCGUCCCCGUCCUCCGGCCGCGUCCCCGGCGCCGCGCCCGCCGCCGCCAAGAGCCACCGCUGUCCCUUCCCGGGCUGCGCCAAGGCAUACUACAAGUCCUCCCACCUCAAGUCGCACCUGCGGACGCACACAGGUGAGCGCCCCUUCGCUUGCGACUGGCCGGGCUGCGACAAGAAGUUCGCGCGCUCCGACGAGCUGGCCCGCCACCAUCGGACGCACACGGGCGAGAAGCGCUUCCCCUGCCCGCUCUGCUCCAAGCGCUUCACCCGCAGUGACCACCUGACCAAGCACGCGCGCCGCCACCCCGGCUUCCGCCCGGAACUGCUCCGGCGCCCGGGCGCCCGCAGCACCUCGCCCAGCGACUCGCUGCCCUGCAGCCUGGCGGGCAGCCCCGCGCCCAGCCCGGUGCCCAGCCCGGCCCCCGCCGGCCUGUAGAGCCCCAGUCCAGCCACCCUGAGCGCGCCCCCGCUGGGCCUGGGCAUGGAGCACCAGCAACACGCCUGCUGUCCCGGCCCGGGGCGGGGAACGGACUGACCGCCAGCCCGGCCCCUUCCAGUGUCCCCCUGAGGGCCCCCACGAUGCCCUUGUCCCCUCGAGAAAACAAGGAGGGGUCUGAGACUGGACCAGGGUCAUCCGGGCCUUUGAGUUUGCUCUCGGGAGGGGUAGUGGCCCCGUGUCUGUAUAUAGCCAUGAUCGUUAACUCUCUUCCCAGCUGUUAAACAGGGACCCUGGGUGGGUGGCCAAGAGGCGUCCCCCUUCCCCCUUUGCCACCUCCCUACUUUGAGGGACGUGUGGGCCUUGAGGGGAGGUGGCCCAGGAAAGGCACCCCCUAACCGGUGUUCACACUUGGUCCCCAGGCCCCUCUGUCCAGUUUGGGAUGAAGUAUGCAAAGAGCCAUAGGUGAACCAGGGGUUACCGCGGGCUGCCUCGUGUCCCCCCUUCCCCCGCCCCGGGAGCCCCUCACCCCGCUGAAAGCCAUUGGAGACGUUCAGGGAAACGGGGUGUGGCCUGGCCGCCCCCAUUCGGGUACUCAAUCUCAGGUGUCCACAGGUUCUGCCCCACUGCUCACGGGAGGGGCCCCUCAGCCCCCCAGCCUCGAGGGCUGGGUGGGUGGGGACGGGGGAGAUCGUAGGGUUUCCAUAGGGGUACCGGUU